AUCAGAGCAAAUAGAAGGAGCUCAGCCGGAUCGCGUUUCACCGGCAGCCCCCUUCCGAGGGUCUUAACCGGGGGGGGGGGGGGGAGAAGGAGCGAGCCGGGAGCGGCGGUGGCACGGCGGGACGGCUCCGGCUCCUACCGGGAGCUGCCUUCCUCCCUCCUCCUCCUCCUCGUCAGCCCCCCCGGCUCUCCGGGGAGCGCUUCCAGGCAGCGCCGGCCGCCCCGGGAAGCCGCCGGGGGCUGCCCCUGCCAAGAAGAGGCGACGCGCACCGCCCGGACCCUCCCGCGGCCACCUCUCCGCCGCCUUCCCGCUCGGCGGCGGCAGAAAGCAGCCGUUCCCCCGUCCUCUUCCCCGCCCCAACACCGCCCCUUCCCCGCCGCCGCAGGAGCCUCAGGUUCCCGGUAAACCGGGGCCGGGGACCCGCCCGGAGGGAGCCGCGCCAGGGCCAUGAAUAUUUCAGCGCCUCCUCAGCGCGUUUCUAAUUAAAGGGGGGGGCCCGGCGCCCCCCCCCCCCCCCCCCCUUCCCCUUUCCCCGUCUGCCCUCCUCCCGCUCACACACACACACUUGGGACCGGCUCCUUACGUCGGAGCGAGGAAAGGAGCGACCGAGCCCUGCCCGGGGGAGGGACGGGGGGGGGACCGGGGAGGGAGGGGAGAGAAGCGGGGGGGCUGUACGGCAGCGACGCUCCCGAGGUUGCCAAGUGGACUUUUAUUGUUUUCCACCCACUUCCAAGUCGAUACUAUCUGCCGUCUCAUGUCCAUCCUAUAGCCUAUAUAAGCGGCUGCGCCGGCGAUGGAGUAGGUGGCGGAGGGACGGGAGGGGGGCGGGCGGGACGGCCGCCGACAACUCGGACUGUUCUGCUGCUGCUCCUGCUGCUGCUCCUACUGCUCCUGCUGCUCCUACUGCUGCUGCUCCCGCUGCUCCUGCUGCUCCCGCUGCUGCCCGGGGAGAGCGGCCCCCGCGGAGAAGACAGCUCGCCUUGCGGCACGGAGAGCCAGCGGAAUAGGAAGCCUCCCCCGCCGGCAGCGGAUCGUUCCUUUUCAUCUGCUCGCUCGCCCUUCGGGUCAGGCUGCGAUGAGCGGACUGAGGUCUCCUGGGCUGCUGGGGCUGGUGCUCUUAAUGCUCUCGGCGGGAUAUUGCAAAGAGAAGAGCGACUCCGCGGAUCUGAAGGACAGGCAAAGCCUCUUAAAUCUUAUCAUGGAGAUCAUUCAGGAACUGAAAAGGUACCACCUGGAGAAGGACAGUGGGGUGCAGUACUUCUCCAAACACGACUAUAACUUAGACCGAAGGGAAGUGGCAGACUACGGAGGGUACCAGGAUGAGCAGAGAGUUGAAAUAGUUCCCAGAGAUCUGAGGAUGAAAGACAAGUUUUUAAAGCACUUAACAGGUCCACUCUACUUUAGCCCAAAAUGUAGUAAACACUUUCAUCGGCUUUAUCACAAUACAAGGGACUGCACCAUCCCAGCAUAUUACAAAAGAUGUGCCAGGCUUCUUACUCGGUUGGCAGUAAGCCCAAUGUGCAUGGAAGGAUAAGAUAUUAUUACCAUGAAAAGAAAAACCAAGAACCAAGAGAAGUGCCUUGGAAACCAACAGGGAAAUAGAACUUACUACCUUUAUAACAUAUUCCAUUGUGAACAAGAGAUUUAUUUUUGCAGAUUGACAGACUACUUCCCAUAAUUCUUUUAACAUGCAUUUUGUAGGUUGUCAACAGUUGGCAGAUUGACAUUCUCUUUACAGUAGCAUAAUUGCCAGUAGUACAUAAUGCUCAAUACUUUAAAAACACACUACAACUGAUGUGUAAUGCUGCCAAAAAAUACGUAAACACAAAUAUUUCACCACAAAAACUGAUGUUCUAUUGCUUAAUUCUACAAUUUUAAGGAAUGUUUGUUUGUAUAUCUAGAACUACAAAAGAUCUGCUCCACAGUAGUUGUGGUCACUUGAUAUCCUUCAUGCUUAUGCAAUUUUUUAAAAGUUUGGUUAAAACAGACUUGCAUUGGGGUCACAUUGUACCCUAGGAGUACAAAUUGCAUGACAAAUAGAAAUGUAAUUCAAAGUAGACAUAUUUUUGGGGACAGUGGAGCAUGGAUUUUGUACACAAAACACAAGCUGCCAUUAAUUUACUUUAUAUAAUAAAUGUAUAAAACAUUCCAGCUAACGUGCAAUAUGUAAAUACUGUAAAUAACAGGCAUAAGUAAUAAAGUGUUUGGUAUUAA